AUGGCCCUGUUUUUGUUGAAUUGUGGAGAGGCUCUGGCCGCCUACAACAUCACGGGGGCGGCCAUUCGACUUGCGCAGUCACUUGACUUGCAAAACCCACCAGCAUCUCACAUUAAUGCGGAAGAGGCCGAUAUAUAUGGUCGCGUGUGGUGGAUGUUGGUUCACCUCGAUUUUCGCUGCUCGAGAUACCUGGGCAAACCCAUGGUUGUCACAAUUAGAGACACUAAAAUUGCUAUGCCAAGUUGUAAUCCAUCCACUGACCCAGCCAUAUCGGAGCUGGCCUUUCACUCAGCGACUAUCAACCUAACAAUGGUUGGUAAAAAUGUUACCGAGUCCUUGGCGGCCCGCCACGAGACACUCAACACGAACGAUUUCAUCAGACGUAUCGAACUGUCUGCUGAGCAUCUCACUCACGAAAUUUGUCGCUUGUAUGAAUGGAAAGACCAUAUAAAGAAAAUGGAGCCAUUCAAAAACCUAGUGCUUGUCGGUAGCGCCAAUCAAUCUCAGAUUCACGCAGCCGGGAAAGAUUCGAAACGUGAUGACGAUGCAUGGAUGUAUCAACAAUCCCCCACUCGCAUCUUGCAACACACUCUUCUCGAACUCCAAUUUCAUGACCUUGUUAUUUGGUUUCACCGCCCAUUUAUACAGUUUCCGAGUUGUGACCUGGUUCCUCAACGCAGCCCAAGAGCUGACAUCCAUGCGACAACAGCUCUUCAACACGCUUUGAAGGCUACAGAGAUCGUGCACCGGCGCAUGCUAAAUCACGAUGCUCUUUAUGGAUGCUCUGAUGUCUAUCAAUACGUCUGGAAUGCAGUCGUGACUCUAGUAGGCUUUCUAUUAGCCUAUCCUUUGUGCUACUGGUUCCCCGUCGCCCGACAACAUGUCGAGUUAUCCUUUCGGGUUUUUGAAACAGCAAAGACGUCAAAUCCCAUUGCAUCUCGGGCUGUUACCCUGACUCGUUAUCUCUUAGGUCGCGUCGAUGCACUCAUGGAAGUCCUCAAUGCGCAGGCUUCUUCAUCCCAUGUGUGUGUCCAAUCGGCAGUUGAUGAGCAAAUUGCGGAGAAUUGGAAUCGAGUGGACCUGGAACAACCAUCUGGUCCUUCUUUGCCUGAUUCCGAACCAGAUGCUCUAUGGUCCUGGGCUGACACGGUAGAUCCCAAGGCUUGGUCGGGCUACUGUCAUGAAAUCAAUGAUAUGCUAAUAGAUAUUCCUGAGAUUCCUCAGGGGAUGAAUCAUUUCUCUCUGUAA